AUAUGUCCUUGGUGAAGUCAUUUGUCAUCCUUUUCAGUAUAGGAAUUAUUUCAGAGGAAAACAGUUCCACUUCUCUGCAGUGGAAAACAGAAUUAAAAGUUAUCACACUGUGUCUAACACUGAGUCACCUAUAAAGGAAUUUUUAUUUCCUGAAUGUAAGCUGUCUGUAUUCACAUUAAAAUUUUCAGAAGGGUGAAGUACCAUACCUUACGCAUGCAUCUGAAAUCUGACAAACAGAGGCAAGACAAUUGUCUUGCUAUUUAAUUAUUAGUUUUCUACUGGCGAUUUACAGGUUCCUCCCAUUUGCUAUGCAGGACUGUGAAAUGGUAGCCCAAAUUUUAAGUGAACUUAAACUCCUUGAUGAACUGUGGUUCUUUGAAUGUAUUUCGAACUAGCUGACUGUUACAAUCUAAAUGCAUCUUUUGUCUGCUGUUCAGUCGAUUUGCCUGGAGUAUACCCAUAGAGUUAGUUUUAUUUGCAGUCAUCUAUGAUUUGAGCAAUUACUAAGUGAUCAUAAUCUUAAAUUCUGUGCAACAGAAUGGUCUAUUUCUGGCUGGCAGAAUGCAUAGAAAAGUAUCUGGAAGUUAAGAACAUAAUUAAUUUAUUUAAUAACUAUAAAGAAUAUAAUUCCUGUAAAUGGAAAAAUCUUCUUAGGCCCAUAUCUGAGCAUGAUUUGGCCUGUGACUCAGGAAUACUGAACUGCACUAUGGAGGUUUGAUGCAUAGUAAAUAAGAUCUAAUUAUUUAUUAAAUUAGUAGAUUUAAACUAAUCUCCUCAUGAGGCUGUUUCUGCUAGGUGUGAGUUACUCAGCAUUUAUCUAGUUGCACAGACAGAAGUACUUAAGGGAUGGAUGAUAUGAGAACUAGAGAACCAGAAAGUUUUAGGUGUGUGGUUUUUUUUUUUUUUUUUAAGCACAUGGAGUUCCAGAAAGUAUAUUAACAGCUCUUAAGCUUUUAAAGUCCAACUGGAAGUCUGAAAUGCUUAAAUAUGAAAAGAGGUAGCUCUAUCUCAGGUACUUACGUUAAAUAGAAAGUCAAAGGAGAAAAAGGAAAUUACAUCACCUUGUCAAAUAAGGAACAGCUAGCUGGAAUGGAUGACUUGUAGUGCAAAAAUGUGCCCCUCCUCCUGUGAAUUGCUUCUGAGAUUCGUUAAAGAUAAUGUGGUGGCAAGGUGAGCAAAAAUAGGUUGUGGAUUUAAGGUAGACACAUUUCUUCCCCUCCCAAAGGGGUAAGCAGGUCUUACUUUUUUUUUUUUUCUUUCCUUCUUUUCUGUUUCUCAGCUUCUCUUCAAGAGUGUUGCCUUUAUAAAAUCUGUGUCUCCUUUGCGCUGUUGCCUUACAGUGAAUGGUGUUGGUAGCUUCCUAAUGCAUCAGCAAAUCUUUGAAUUGCCUUGGCUUGUAUGUGCCUUGUAGAAAUUACUAGUUAUAGUUUUAGUGUGAACUCCAUUUCUUCAAAAGUGCUUCAACCUUCCUAAGUGCCAUAAUCGACGCAUAACUAGGCCAGACAAGCAGAGUAACUAGAAACCCAUUCUGUGCAAAUGAGCAGCACAUGAGUGUGAGAUCAGGAAGACUUCAUUACUUCCUAGUGUCCAUUUCCUUUAGCAAAUACAAUUUGAUGUUAUUUAUGGUUAAGUUUAGAUCCUUAAAUUUUUAAGGAGGCAGGAUUGGGACAGCAGUUACACUGAGAACUGUUGAUGUUUGUAUCUUCAUGACUGACUUUUGUAAAUUUUACUAGUUUUUAAAGCCAGUGACUAAAAUACAAUGCAUACUACUUGGCUUUAGUACGAGUGCGCUGUCUAAAAUAUAGAGUUUGUACUCCUCGAUUACAUGUUCUCAUGUCUCCCUCUUAAGAUAUUAUGUCUUCAAACAAGCUUAUGCAUGUUUUAAAAUAUUAGCAUCUACUCUCUUAAGACUCCACUGAAAAAGUAACUAGUUGGUUUAGUGAAAGAACACUACUUCUCUCAAUAGUCCUAGCUUAAGGCACUCAGGAUAGUUUCAUAACUCUGAAAUGUCAAGGCAAAUCACCUUCUGUGAAUUUGCAAAGAGGUUAUUUUUAGAAUGAAGCAAGUUUUAUGGCUGCAAAAAUUGUAUUUUUGAAAAAGAAAGACUUACUGAAACAAGUGAAAAUUAGCUUUUCCUCGAGUAUGUAAAUAUCUAAGUCAUUUUAGAUGUUAACAUUAGCAUUCCAGAGGGAUAUCAGAGAGGUGAUUGUGCAACUAUCAGUCUUGAAAGCUGAGAUUCAGACAACAUUUGGGAAGCUGACACAGUAAUUAUCUGCAGUGGUUUUGGCAUGGGAGCUGGUGGAGGUUGGGCUUCUUAACAAGCCCUGCAAGGGUUGUAUGUUAACACAGCACAUUACACGUGCUCUCAAACUACAACAGUUGUUCCCCCUGCCUGAUUUUUUAUAUUUUAAUCAGUGUCUUGCUCAUGGUCUUGUCAGGUGUUGCACAUGCGCUGAAGUGGAAUACUAUCAUUUGCUGACCGAUCAGUGUUUUGUACCAGUGAUUUUAUUUUUACUUGUAACUUGCAUUUGACUUCAGAAAUACUGAAAUGGACCGUAGGCAUUAACCUUAAGUUCACUAAUUCAUUCUCCUUCAUUUCUUUGGCAGAUUUGUUGCUAUGGGAUAGCAUAAAAAUCAUGGGAUAGGCAUAAAAAAUCAUUGCUCAAUACAGUGUGAGCUGAUAAGAUGGAUGUCUUAUUUGCAAAUUACAUUAACAUGUUAAGAAGUAAUUUUAGAAUUGAUGCUCUAUGUGUACUGUGCUGCUUAAGUAAUUUUGACAAAUGGAUACCUCUAGUGUUCUGCUCCCCCAUAAACAAUGAUUCUGCUUGUACUUACAGAACUAUGUUAUUGCUUCCUGGGGCUGUAUGUUUAUAUUUAGUUUUCUGAUGAAAAUCUGCAAUUCCUAUUACUGGGAAGGGUCCAACUUAACUGCGUUAUGCAAAAAUUUCCAGCCUUAAACUACCUUUUUAAGGAGGUUUUAUGAAGGGAAGAACAUGGUCUUCACUAAAAUCAGGAGGAUUAUGCUGCAGCAGAUAGAGCACUGGUUCGUCCCCUGUUCACUUUUAUGAAAGCCUCCUGUCUAGAGUUAUUCUGAAAUGCCUGACUAAAAUAUAUGAGGUAUCUGGCAGUGAAUUAAAAAAUCCCAUUUCUGUUGACACAGUGGUGAUCACUGAAAGUCAUGAUCAAGAAAACCAUCGGACUCUUAGAGAGAAUGUGAUUAGGUCUCGCACAUCAUAAACAUACAUACAGUCAGAAGCUGUUUUGCUUAUACUCUUUUCUUAAGAUGAUCAAUACUGGACCAAAUUCAAAUUCAGAAAAGCACAGCAGAGUUGGUCUUUCUCAAACAGUUGUUUAUAAAUGGCAAAUAGUGGUGCUGGACUGCAAACUAAUCCCAGGGCACCUGGUUAUAGUCCUGUUUAUAAGUCUGCCCAUCCCUUGUGCUGCAAGUAGGUAUGAUGGAUCUUUCCUCCUAAAGGAAAAGGAAGGUUAUACAUCUGCAUAGAAAGCCUUGGUUUAGAACAAAUUUACCGUAAGUAUAAGCAAUUAGCUGUUUCUAUACCCACUGCAGUAUACCAUACUUCGAAGGGAUUUUCUUGACAGGUAUGCUGGUAUGCGGGUAUCACUGAUGGAGCUUGCCCUCAGGUGUUGUUUGACUUCUUUAGGUGGAAUUCUUUUGGGGGAGAGGUGUAGAGAAGUUCACAUUAGUAUUAUAUGGUCAUAUUAUUGAUUUUCAAGGGAGAUACAAAUUAAACUGGUUUUGAUGAGGUUUGGUUUGGUAGGGUUUUUGUUUGUGUGUGUUUUUUAAACAGCCAUAUAGCACCAUAUUGCACUUGCUGAAAUCAGGCUAUUUGUGUAGAUGAAUCCCAGAAUCAAAGAACGUCUUGGCUUAUAGUUUUGGACUUAAUUUUUUGUGCCUUCAUGAUGCUGACUAAUUUUACACUGCCCCUUCCCGAAUAAUCCUAUCUGAAUUUCCUAAGCAAAACCCUGUGAGUCAACUUAUUCCUUAGACUCUGCUUACUUACUCAAUAUAUAGUAAUUGCCAACACAUUUUUUCUGUUGUAAAUGGGCCAGAUAAAGCAUUGUUCACACAUUCAAAAUAGAUCUGAAUGCAGCAGUAUGGUUUCAGCUGAGAUUAUUUCAAAUCACUAGAUUUCCAAUUUGUUUGAAAUAGCUAGAAGACUUGAGGCUGUUUUAAAGUGUCUUAGUGCUUACUGCUUUAUAUAAAAGAAGUUUUAGAGUUCCAGUUCAGGCAUUCAGUAAUUCUGUUUAUUGGAGCAAAGGCUAUGAAAGGUAAUACUUAACAACAGACUAAGCUGUUACAUGUUGGCUACACUGGAAACUAUAAACUCUUUAGCAAAAAGAUAAAACUAAAGAUAGAUAGCAACUAGCAAGUUUAAAAUAGAUUGUUCUAGAAAACUUUUUAAAAACAGAUUUUGUAUGAAUAACUAGUAGUUUAUGUACAAGAACUGUUGUUGAUGCACAGUUGCAAUAUAUCAAUAGCUUUACUGAACAUGAGUUUUUUUCUGUAGAGUUUAAUUCUCUAAGAGAAUUGUACUUUAAUUUUGCAAACAGACUCAAAGCAAGAAGAUUGGUCAGCUUUUUCUGUUGGCAAGUAUUAGGACAGAAGACCUUUCUACUGAGCUGUUUAAUUACUUGAAUACUGAAAUUUCAGAUGGGACAUGAAAUCAUCAGGUUUGCAUUUCUGAUAUUUGUUUUCUCUGUUGAAGGGAAUGAAAACCGCAGGAAACCUGUCAAGUACUGAAUAUCUAAGGUCGUGAGACAUCACCAGAGAACACUGCACAAUGUCAACUGCAGGAGUUGCUGCUCAGGAGAUGAGAGUCCCAUUAAAAACCGGGUUUCUUCACAGUAGUCAAGGCAUGGGGAGUCUGAAAACCUGCUGGGGUAGCCACAGUGGAUUUGAAAAUACUUUCUUUAGUGUGGAGCCUAUAGCAGUGGCAUAUAAUUUAGGUCCAUCAACAGAGCAGCAUUUGCCAUCCAUUGGGCACUCUUCCAGCCAGGCUUCCAUGAAUGACCACAUUGCUGAAAGUUGCAUCCAAGUGCCAUCUCAGAAAUCCAGUCCCCUUCCUGUAAGUCCCAAAAAUGAACAGACAAUUUCAAGAUAUGAAGACCAUCUCGUUCCUGGCUUCAGUAAACUGUCAUUAACCAUGAGCUGUGUUUCUGGAAAAACACCUCCUCACAUGGCAAUAAAAAAUGGACCAAUUCAAUUUCUGUCUGCAUCUUCCAGUGAUCGUAGCUCCAGACCACUACCCCCUCUGCCUAUUUCUGAAGACCUUGCUUCAGAUGAGGUUGACAAAGAAGUGGAAUUCCUGACUAGCUCAGAUACUGACUUUUUAUUAGAAGAUUAUGAACUUCCUUUUAAAGCCAGUGCUCCAAGUCGGCGGAGCUUUAGGGGCUGUGGACAAAUCAACUAUGCAUACUUUGAUACUCCAACAGGACCAAAACCAGAAGAUUCCAACCCUACACAAAGCCUAAAUGUAUACAUAUCCAGUAUUUACCCUCCUCAACAGCAGCUGCAUCGGCGCUUGCGAAGGUCCCAUUCUGGGCCAGCUGGAUCUCUUAAUAAACCAAUAGUAAGACUAUCUGGACACUUAAACAGGUCUUCUCCAACCUCUGAUGAAGAUAAACCAGAGAUUCCACCACGGGUUCCCAUACCUCCAAGGGCACUCAAACCAGACCACAGAAGGUGGUCAGCAGAAGUUGCUUCUAGUGCAUACAGCGAUGAAGACAGGCCUCCAAAAGUACCCCCAAGAGAACCUCUGUCACGCAGCAAUUCCCGUACCCCAAGUCCCAAAAGCCUCCCAUCAUACCUCAAUGGGGUUAUGCCCCCCACCCAGAGUUUUGCACCUGAUCCUAAGUAUGUCAGCAGCAAAGCUCUACAAAGACAAAAUAGUGAAGGAUCUUCAAACAGGGUCCCUUGCAUUCUUCCAAUUAUUGAAAAUGGUAAGAAGGCCAGUUCAACACAUUACUAUCUGCUACCUGAGAGGCCUCCAUAUUUGGACAAGUAUGAGAAAUUCUUCAGAGAAGCAGAAGAAAGGAGCUCUAACACCGAGGUUCAGUCCUGGUCUGGUGAUUGCACAGCCACCUCAGCCCCAAUAAAACUGGACUCAAAACCCAGAAUGGACAUAGGUGGUCACCUGAAACGAAAACACCUGUCUUACGUGGUUUCCCCGUAGUUUCUGGGAGCACAGUCAGUCCCACCUCAGUUGUUCAGGAUGGAGCUGAACUUUAUCAUGUUAUAAAGUUCUUAUGGUUCUCAGAUGAUGAAGUAGGAGCAGUUUGAUCUCUGAGAACUGGAAAGUGGAUGGUAAAGUCCUCUUAUGCUGCAUAUGCUGGAUACGUUUCUUAAGACUCUUUUUGUUUAUCUAGGUAUGUAAGCUGAAAACCUACAAAGUUCCCAUACAAAAAAACAUAUGGAGGGAUAGUAGUCACAGUGGGCCAGUUGUAUGCUACCUAGAUGAAUGUAUUUGGUAGUCACAUUAUAAAAAAAAAAAUAAAAAAUCAAGCUUUGCUGAGAGUCACUUACAAAGCAGACAACAGACCAAGUAAUGCAGUACAGUUUUUGUAUUGAGUAUUUUCCAAAAUUUCUUUUACACAGUAACUGUACUGAGAACAGACUCUGUUCUCUUUGACCAGGCUAUGUCGGCCUGAUAAGAAGGUAACUGCAAGAUUUGAUACCCACUUCAAGACUUGGCAGGCAUACUGGAAGCACAUUUUGAAAGUUUAAUCUAUUUUACAAAUUAAUUUGAUGCUAAUAGACUUUUAAAGUGAGUUGGUUUUGUGGAUUCACUUGCUAGACACACUUGGCUCAGUUUUGCAGUCUUUCGUAGAAGAGUUGGACCAGCUAUUACUAAGCCUCUGCUGCUGCUCUUUUCCUGCUGGAUCCUAGAUACAUGUGAGAGUGUCCUGAGCAGCCCCAUGGUUGCUCUCAGGUAGGCAGUAACAACUUUGUGCUCACCUAGAGUCUGAAAUUCUGACUGUAUUAAAUACAGAAACACAGCACAAGCUGGUCUUGUGUUUUGGUUUCUGUUCAGUAUUUUAGGGGGGGAGGAGGAGGGUAUGAGAUAAAAACAUGAUUCCAUUUAUGGACAGUCUCUUGCUGCUGGGAUGCUGCUUCUUGCUGUUUAAUUUUUCUUCAUUGUGCCUCAGCCAUCCACUGAAGUUCACUGAGGUGCCACAUUAGCGGUUUCUCAUGCUCAUUUUGGUUACAUUUAUCCUCUUACAGAAAAGCACAAGAGAAAAGGUGCUCAUUAAUGGGGGGUACAGAAGAUGCAUGUGUUCCUCCUAACAGAAGUAAACAAGCUGUUUACAGUUUAAACUGCUGAAUGAGAUGUUUGAGCUAUUUUAAAGCUUACUUUUUAUUUGUUUUAGUACAAACUAAAUGAAGGUGAAAUACAGGCUAUAGAAAUGCACUGAUAUUUCUGCAUCAUGUACAGUAUUGAAUAAAAAAUAAUUCACUUUGUAUUUUGAAUAUUGUCAUGUCUUGAGUUUAAUAAAGUUAUAAAAUAUUUAUGAUACAUUUUGGAUUUUGCUUUAUUGAAUAGUGUAUGCAAUUGUGCAUUAGAGUUCUGCAUUUACUGCAAAGUUCAAAGUCAAUAAUGUUAAAUAUACAACAAAUGUUGAAUUCACCUUGCAUUUAAUUAGGAUUAAGAUUUCUGCAGAAGUGUUCAGUAACUCACAUUGCACACUGUUCAUUUUAAUGCCUUGUUACUACCUGCUAGCAUGUUGUCUAUAGUUUUGUGCUGGCAAUAAAACAUUCUGUGAGAUUAAGUUA